CGGUUUUACGUGCUUGCAACCGAACCCGACGGCGUAUUUUUUUUCCCGUUCUUGCCAUUUUUAUUCGCAAUUUUAUUUAGACGUCUUUAUAGAAUUAAAAUGUUACUGAAUCAUUUAUUUGCAUUUUAACCAUCUGAGAUAAAGCCUCAAAGCAUUUGCUUUGCAAUUUGGCCAAUAAAUGAUUGGUUAGGGCAGAAAAAUCUUGGAAGGCAACGAAUAUGAAUAUGAAUAUGAGUACGAAUAUGAGUAUGGAUACGAACUUGAGUACAUAUUUGGGCACUUCGGAUGCGACUGCAUUGCCCUAUCCUGGAAUGGACGACUAUGGAUGCCCUCACAUGAAUUGUACGGCAAUGGAGUUUGUUCAGUUCGUACUCGGCCCACAAACCCUGCCGCUGCAUAAGGCCUUAUUGAUAAGCAUAAUUUUUAGUGGCAUAUUCAUAACUGGCGUACUGGGAAACGUCCUGGUCUGCAUGGUAAUAAUUCGGCAUGCGGCAAUGCACACGGCAACGAAUUAUUACCUGUUCAGUUUGGCCGUGUCCGAUUUGCUGUACUUACUUUUAGGAUUGCCGGCGGAGGUAUUCCUAUACUGGCAUCAGUAUCCAUAUUUAUUUGGUCUGCCGUUUUGCAAGUUGCGAGCAUUUGUGUCGGAAGCGUGCACAUAUGUAUCGGUGUUCACAAUUGUUGCCUUCUCGAUGGAACGAUUUCUGGCCAUAUGCCAUCCCCUGCACGUGUGUGCAAUGUCCGGCUUUCAGCGGGCACUGAGGAUCAUAACGGCCCUUUGGAUUGUAAGUUUCCUAAGUGCCAUACCAUUCGGUGUCAAGACUGAAAUUCAAUAUUUGAAUUUUCCAAACGAUGGAUCUCGUAUACUGGAAUCCGCAUUCUGUUCAAUCGAAUUGGAGUUUCCCGAAGAAUUCCCCUUGUUCGAAGUCUCCUUUUGCAUAUUUUUCAUUAUACCCAUGAUACUCAUUAUAUUGUUAUAUGGUCGCAUGGGCGCUCAGAUUCGUUCAAGAGCCACCGACAAAUUGGGUAAGCUUGACAAAAUUUCAAGCCGGAACGCAUUCGGGAAUAAAUACAAUUCUCUUGCAGGAGUUCAGCAGGGUUCCAGGAAUCGCGAAUCGCGUAGCUCGCAGAAGAAAAAGCGAGCUGUUAUACGAAUGUUGGCCGCCGUGGUAAUCACAUUUUUCGUCUGCUGGUUUCCAUUUCAUCUGCAAAGAUUGUGGUUUCUGUACGCCAAGAACAUUGCCAACUAUCAGGAUGUGAAUGAAUGGCUGUUCUCCAUAGCGGGAUUCGCGUACUAUGUCUCUUGCACAAUUAAUCCGAUUGUGUACAAUGUCAUGUCACAGCGCUAUCGGGUUGCCUUCAAGGAGAUACUCUGUGGCAAAAAGGCUGGGGCCUAUUACAACAGCGGAUUUGCCAGAGAUCAAUCGAGUUUCAUUAGGGAUGAAUCCAGUUUUCGAAGGGGCAGCUCAGCUACUCCCAAUCUGCGUGGAAGCACUCGCUAUAGCCGCGUAUCUGCUAACGGAAUGGCGGACUGCUCUUUACUAAACACAACAACAAAAAUUGUUAUUGUUCUUGGCAACAACUCGCCCCAAAGAGAUGUGGACCGAAACAUACCAGAAGAAACUGAGGCCAAAAAACAGGAAAACUGAAUGUAUUUCUGUUUUUUUUUUUAUAAUAAUAAUUACUAAUUACUCAAAAUAAAACCGAGCUAGCGAAUGUACGAAAAUAAA